GUUUUUUCUCCAGCAGCUCCUCCUGACAGAUAGGACAUACAUCCUGGGCUUGGAUCGGUUUCCGGCAGACGCUUCCAGGCUCCUGGCUCAUCAGUGGCUCGCUUUGUGACUCAGAACCGGCAGAGGGAUCAUUUUCCGUCCGAUUGCCUCAGUACUGCCUCUGACUCUGGUGGGAAACACAUCAGCCGACGGACUUUAUCUCCAAGAACCAGAGAUUUCCACUCGUGCUUUUCCCUUCCACAGUCAAACCGAAGGAGUAUUCUCCAACACUGUGCUAUAAAGAAUAUGAAGAUCAGAGGAACGAUGGAGCUGAAAUGCUUCCUGAGUCUCCUGGUGUUGUGCUCCCUCGAUAAGCUGCUGGUGGUGGCGAGCCCUGAGGAGGAUUACCAGGAGCAUCUGAACCAUCGGGGCGAACACAAAUCCACACGGAACCAAAUCGCUUCAGCCCAAUACGAAUGUUUCCAGAGGAUUUUGAAACAGUCACAGCGCAAAACAAAAGCAAUAGCAGGUCCAGUGUGUAACACAACGUGGGAUGGAUGGUUAUGCUGGGAUGAAACCGAAGCCGGUGUCACGGCUGAGCAGAACUGUCCCGACUAUUUUGAGGAUUUCGACCCUCAUGCCCCUGCGUCCAAAGUGUGCAGUGAGACAGGCCACUGGGGACGCCACCCGCAGAGCAACAGGACAUGGACCAACUUCACAAACUGCAAAGCCAACACCACACAUCUCGAUGAAAAAAUAAAGAUGCAGGCGGCAAUGACUCAUUUCUACUUGGUUAUGAUUGGACAUGGGCUGUCGCUGGUGUCGCUACUCAUAUCACUGACAAUCUUCUUCCAUUUUAAGAGUCUGAGCUGUCAGAGGAUAACGCUGCACAAAAACCUCUUUCUGUCCUUUGUGCUGAACUCUAUCAUCACCGUUGUGUGGCUCACCACAGUGGUGAAGAAAGGCGGAAACACAUACAGUGAUUCUGUGAGCUGUAAGCUGCUCAUGUUCAUUCACCUGUAUCUGUUCAGUUGUAACUACUUCUGGAUGCUCUGCGAGGGCAUCUACCUGCACACACUCAUUGUCGUGGCAGUGUUUGCAGAGAAACAACAUCUGAUGUGGUAUUAUCUACUUGGCUGGGGCUUUCCACUGAUACCAGCGGUGAUACAUUCAAUAGCACGUCUCUGCUACUACAACGACAGAUGUUGGGUCAGUUCAGAUACAUCUUUGCUCUACAUUAUCCACGGGCCCAUCUGUGCCGCAUUAGUGGUGAACCUUUUUUUCUUAUUAAACAUCGUCCGAGUUCUGAUCACCAAGCUGAGGGUGACACAUCAGGCCGAGUCCAGCCUUUACAUGAGGGCUGUGAGGGCCACGCUCAUCCUCAUCCCUCUGCUGGGAAUCCAGUUUGUGCUGCUUCCUUACAAACCCCAUGAACACAGCGUCGCCGAGAUCUACCUGUACAUCAUGGACAUCCUCAUGCACUACCAGGGUCUGUUGGUUUCGACAAUAUUCUGCUUCUUCAAUGGGGAGGUCCAGAGUGUUCUUCGGAGACACUGGAAUCAGCAAAGGAUGCAGUUCGCUGGCACUUUUGCCAACGCUGACUUCUUUCGCUCGGCUUCGUACGUGGCGUCAUCACUCACCGAGGUCCACCGCUGCUACAGCAUUGAGAGCCACACCGAGCACAUGAAUGGCAAGAGCUACUCAGAUAUAUUCAGAUCGGACAGUCCUUUUGUGUGACAAUGGACCGCGUAAAAAAGAUGGAAAAACAGAACAAAAAAAAGUAUCUUUGGUCAUUUUUCUGUUUUUGGAGUUAUGCUACUGUCCAUGAAACUGAAUAUUUAACAAUUUUAAUCCUUCCGCCACAAGUUUUUCCCUUGAAUCUUACUAAGAAGGACUUUCUAAGCAUAUGGCACCAGCUACUGAUGUUAACCCCGAGAAAAUUCAAAGGGACAACUGCUGCAAACUGGGGACGAUCCUGUGAAUAUUUGCUUUUUUUUUUUUUUUUGGACUACGUGGAUUAAGUUUAAAGAACUUUCAAUGAAUGAACGAAAGUCAAUAAGAAGUUGAUACAAUGGUUGUUGGUUGUUGUUUGAAGGUAGUUUUUUUUUUUUACUCCUGGCCAAAGGUGCAGACAUUCUGGGUAUUUAGUUCGAGGCACAUUAUCUCUGCAGGCAGAAUGUGUAUUUCACUGGGAGAAGUCAGAGGCACAUAGGCUGCAUGGGAAGAGAAGCAAAAAAGCUUCCUGUUUAUCUUGCUCCUCACUCUUCUGUGGUUAGAAUGACUUGUUAACAAGGGAAACCAUAUCAGCAGAAAGCGUGUACUGUAUAAAUCAGCUAAAUCAUGAUCGGUAUUGAAUAGUACUGAAAUGUAACUGCCAUCGGUCACGGUUUUGGACAUUUCCUGAGUUUCUUUACCAGAUGGGUGUUACUGUGGUUGAAAUUCCAGAUAUCCAGGACUUGGCUGCAGGGAAAAUUCUUGGGAAAAUUUGUGAGUAAACUAUGGGGUAAGGAUGCUGUCAAAAUAUUUGUGUGCAUAAGAUAGAAAUGCGUGCAUAUUAGUCUAUAGUUGUGCAAAACAUAAAUAUUUGUAAACUCUUGAAUGAGUUCAGUCAUGCAUAAAAUGUAUUGUUUAUUUUAUCUGUCAGAAUAUGAAUGAAUAAGUUUUGACAACAAGAAUUACAAACAUGAAAUGCAACUUUCGCAACUCUGCUGUCAAAACUACAUCACCACUUCACGGGCAUUAUUUAUCGAGCAGUAGAUAAAUAAUUCCACAGAUACCACAUGCGUUCAAGUUCCUUCUCCAAGGUCAGAAAAAUGUACAAAUGGUUUGAUUUGACCUGAUUUCGUUCUGACCUCGUCGGCCAUCUUGCAAAGUGAUCCUGCUCAAUCUUACCUUGAUCUUUGCCGUGGAAAGAGAACCUGAACUCAUGUGCGAUGUGUGGAAUCGAUCAUGCAUCUGUAUCUUCUGUUCGAUAAAUAAUGCCUGUGAAGUGGUGAUGUAUUUUUGACAGUAGAGUCAGGCUGAUGACUUUGUAUUCGUGAUGAAGAAAGCGCAAUCGUAAAGUUGCAUUUUGUGUUUGUAAUUCUUGAUGUCAAAACUUUUUCAUUCCUAUUCUGACAGACAAAAUGCACACAAUACAUUUUAUGUAUGAUUGAACUCAUUCAAGAGUUUACAAAUAUUUAUUUUUUGCACAAUUAUAUUUAUUUUUGCACAACUAUAGGCUAAUAUGCACACUUAAUCUGUCUUAUGCACACAAUUAUUUUGACAGCUUCCCUACCCCAUAGAAACCUUGAUCAGUUUUGUAUAGAGAGUUUUAGAUGAAAAAGAAAGAUGUGCUUAUACAUUCAUUUCAAGAAAGGCUACUUGGAAUGUGUGGCAGUUUCUUUUUAAUUUAUGUUUUAUUUCCUGCUCCUAAAUUAAACAAAUAAGAGCGUCAGUAUAUUGUGCAUUUUUCUGAAUAUUUCAUGAUGCUGGAGAGAUGACAAAGGAUGAAAGACAAUGACGAGUGAAAAAUGCAUGAGGGUUAUUUUUGUUGUGUAUAAAUGGCAUAUUGUAUAGGCACAUUCCAAAAACAGACAACCAUUCAUGUAUUUUGUAUAUUUUCCAGCCACAUCUUAUUCAGAAUCAUUUACACUGCAGUGGAUUUCUUAAUUCAUGCUAAAUAUUCUACUCAGUAGGCCAAUUGUGUCCUUAACAAGUGAAGAGCUGCUGGUUUCAGCCUUUAUAAACAGUGAGAAAACCUUGUAAAAUUCUUGUACUGUAAAUAUUUUCCUUUUCUUGACAAUUUCCAAGACAAGUAUACAGUGAUCCUUGACGCCAUAUGUGUUUUAUUUUCUUAUUCACAGCUUCAAUAUUGAUUGGUGAGUGCUUAUGUGAAAUUGUGUUGGAGUCGGUUUUGUACUUUGGGACAUUACCUAACAGCAGCCUUACAUUCAUAAUGAAACCACUGAUUUCUACAUUGAGGAAAAGGGAUAUUGUGUUCAGCAAAAUCUUUAUGCUCGCCAUUGAGUUCUUCAGAGCUUCCCUUCUGCUCUUCUACAGCAGCAACAUAAUACAGCACUAGUUACUCUUAGCUAGAAAUGGCAAUAGCCAACAUCAACAAAAAAGUGGUUCCAACACAAACUUCAUAUAAGCACACAAGCAGUCAUAAAUGUACUGCCGCAAAACCAAUUGAAUAUUUAUGGUGUGUUCAAGUGUUUAGCGACAUUUUACUACAUAAAAAGUCAGUCGUUUCUUAUCAAACAAGUGAACAUUAGAAUUAGGCCAUUGUAGCAUUUUAUUUGCCUUUUAUUUAAAAAUUUGAUCAGAUAUUUUGGUUAUAUUUCCAUUAUGAACAUUUUUCUAAUAACACUAUUCAUAAAUGUACACACUUUAAAUAUGUUAACAGCCGAUGUUUGGGAUGUUAAAUAUUCAAUAUGUAGCAUGCUUACGUGAAGUUUGUUUUGGAGCUGGUUUGUAUUAGCUAACAUAUGCCAGCUCUGUUUUUAAGAUAAUAGUAGCUAGUGUUGCUCACUGUUACUGCCGGAUAGGAGCAGAGGAGAAACACCGAAGCACUAAAAGAUGUAUUGUUGAUUUUACCACCAAAAAAUCCCACCCACAAACAGUUUGACUACUAUCGAAAUGAUGACACAGCUUAGAAAUAAACCUGCUAACAGUAGCAAAUGCUAAGGCAAACAGCAAUUUGUGUGUUGGGCUGUUGAGACUGUUAACAUGGAUAAGCUAAUCAAGACAGUUAGCAGUCAGUUAGCUUAGAAAUGGAGUUCGCUAAUAGCCCUCAAUGCUAGAGACUCAAAAACAAAUUUAAUUUUUCACACAAAUGAAACAAAUCCAAAAUUCUGAUCAUUUUUUUUUCCUAUUACAUGGUAGACAGGAUUUUUUUUUUUUUCUCCGAUUCUGAUUAUAAUCCUUGUCUUGGAGUUGUUUUUAUGCUUUGUAAGUAGAGAAGCUGCUUGAUAAACGUGUUAUAAAUGUCAGAAUUCUUACUGUACAUUUACUGUAUAUUACACUGGAAAUAGGUGUGUAUUAUUUUGUCCAGGCUGAAGCACCUGACUUAAGGCAUUAGAAAAAAUAUUCAAUCUUCAAAACAAGUAUUACUUUAAGUGUUUUCUCAUAUUUGAGGUAAAAAAAAUCUUGCUGUUGAACUAUUCUUUUAAGAAAUCCUGAUGCUUGUUUAUUCUGAAAUAAUAAUGCU